ACAACCGCGGUGCAUCGUAUUCGAGAGGUUCGUCGUUGUGGCUAAAUUUCUUUGAAAUAGAAGUUAAAUACUACUAAAUUCGUAGCUAACAUGAAGUGCCAAAUUCCGGAAAUAUCCUGGCACAACCGUGACCCGGUUUUAAGUGUGGACAUUCAGCCGAAGGGUGCCAGCGAUCGAAACGAUUUCUACCGGCUGGCUUCCGGUGGGACAGAUGCUCAUGUUUUGAUUUGGCACAUGACCCAAAACGCUGACUGUGGAACGAUUUCCCUGGAUUUGGCUGCAGACUUGACGCGGCACCAGCGAGCCGUUAAUGCCGUUCGGUGGUCUCCGAAUGGAGAGCUGCUGGCGUCCGGUGACGACGAGAGUGUAAUCUUCAUCUGGAAACAGAAGGGCGAAACUGAGGUUGUCAACAUUUUGGAUACAACCAACGAACAAGACAAAGAAAUUUGGCUAACGCUGAAAAUUCUCAGGGGUCACAUGGAAGAUGUGUACGACCUGUGUUGGUCGCCCAAUUCUUUGUUCCUGAGCAGUGGAUCCGUUGAUAAUACUGCCAUGGUUUGGGACGUGAAUAAGGGUAAAUCCCAUCACAUUUAUUCGGACCAUAAGGGAUUCGUGCAAGGAGUGGCUUGGGAUCCGAAAAACCAAUACCUGGCAACUUUGAGCACGGAUCGGUUCUUCCGAGUUUUCGAUCUUCAGUCCAAGAAAGUGCUCACCAGGAACAACAAGUGUCUUUUGCCGGUUCCGAAAGACUCUCCGCUGCACGGAAAAACGGUUCGACUCUACCAUGACGAUACGCUGCAGACGUUCUUCCGAAGGUUGAGCUUCAGUCCCGAUGGUAAUUUGAUAGUGACUCCAUCUGGCGUAGCUGAGAUUGAAGGUGUUCCUAAGCCUUUGAACACUACAUACAUCUAUACGAGGAACUCAUUGAAACAACCAGCGAUCACGCUUCCAUCACCGGAUCAGUACACCGUGGCCGUUCGUUUUUGUCCUAGUUUCUUCAAAUUGCGACCGCAUCCGGAGGACAAGGCUCCUAUUAUUCCGCUGGCCUAUCGAAUGAUCUUUGCCGUUGCAACCAAGAGCUCGGUUUACUUGUAUGACACCCAACAGCGCACACCGUUUGGAUUAAUUUCCAACAUUCACUAUACCCGGUUGACGGAUUUAUCCUGGUCGUCCGACGGAAAGAUUUUGAUUGUGUCCUCAACUGACGGGUUCUGUUCCAUGAUUUCCUUCGCUGAUGGAGAGCUGGGUGAAAUUCACAUUCCGGAGCCUGGGGAAAUUUUCGAAAAGGAAAAGACUCCUACCAAGAAAGCUACGGCCGGUAGAAAGAAAUCUAAGGAUGGAAAGGACGAAGAGAAGGAAAAGGAAGUUACAAAAUUGGAAUCGGUUGUCGAAGAACCGGAAAAGAGUAACGAAAAUGACUCGAAGAAAACAGACGAUAAAGUAGCACAACCGAUUGCUUUCCGUAGAAAACCCAAGAGCUCGGAUGAAAAUCAAAAGACCGAAGAAACGGAGGCAAAUGAAAAAAAUGAAGACAAAAAAGCCCAGUCAAUAGCUUUUCUAAGGAAUCCCAAACCGGAUGGCGAUGAUGAUAAAAAGACAGUGGAAACAAAAGACAAAUCUGAUGAAAAAGUAGCUCAACCGAUAGCUUUUCGCAGGAAACCAAAGCCUGAUGACGAUGAUAACAAAAAAUCUGAAGACACUAAGGAAAAAUCGAAUGAAAAGGUAGCUCAACCGAUAGCUUUCCGCAGGAAGCCUAAAGAGUCAGAAGAAAAUAAAAAUAGCAAGGAAGACGGAACGAAAAACAAGAAUGACGAUAAAGUAGCACAACCAAUAGCCUUUCGUAGAAAACCUAAAGAAGUUGAAGAACAGUCAAACGGAAACGUAGCAGUUCUUUCUAAACGCAAAUUACAAGACGACGAUGGCGCUGUUAAAUCUAAGAACAAAGAAAGCGAAGAAGAAUCUCGUAAGCGACCUCGAUCUAACAGUGCUGAAAAAAGUGAUGCAUCGGAAGAAACCAUACCGAUAACAGUACGUCGGAUUGCGCUUGAUUCCAAUGAAUCAAGUUCGGGAAUAAUCGUUAAAGAAAUUCCUCCGGUCAAAACGUCAGACGAAAAAAUCGUGCAACCAGCUAAGGAAAUAAUAAUCGAGGCUGAAAAAAUUAUCAGUAGCGAUACCAAGUUCGAAAGUCCGUCCAAGAAAAAUCGUCCGGUUACCCCGAUCGCUGUACGCCGUCAUCCCAGAACGCCGACCGAUACUCCUUCAUCAACGACCUCCGAAACCAACGACAAAGACAUUACAACUCCCAAAACAGGUUCAAAGAAGGCAGCCACCCCGAUCGCCGUUCGCCGUCAACCGCGAUGCCUUAACUCCGGUUCGAAUUCGUCCACCAGCAAACAGGCGCCUUCGAUCGACGAAGAUGAAGCCGUCGAUACCUGGCCGAUCGACCAACCUAAACCGACGGCAGCGCCGAAACUCCCAAACACCAACUCCCUGGCGGAAUGUGGUGGUGAACACACGCAAGAUUUCAAACUGGUAAUCUCGGACGACGAAGAAGACACACCGACGGCCGCAAAACCAGAAGAGGACAAGCGUGGUGAACACAACAAGAAUACAAACAACGACAACGACGACACCGAUCCGAAUGCAUCGGCAACCACGACUCCGAAGACGCCUCGGCGGGUCGAGUUUCGAACGCUCUCGACCCCGAAGUCCAAGAAGAAGUUGCUCUGAGGGAAGUGUGUUUUGUUAGCGUAAGUUUGAUUGUGGUCCUUUCCUUUUUAUUAGUGCGAACGCAUAGUUAUUUAGAUUUAGAUCAAUAUAAUUUUGUUCCCAGGUAAAAAUCUAGAGUUGUUGUAUCCGAAGGCAUUUUUGGUUUUUUUUUUCAUAUUCCUGUUACCACGGUGCAUUUACUUAUCACACUCUCGAACCACUCGAAAUAUUAUACCAACACAUCAAUGGAUUUCUUUUUAGUUCAUAGGACUAAAGGAACGACUCUUUCUUCUCAACCUCCAACAAGAUCCGUCGCUUUUAGUUAUCGUCCCCUGUUCGCGUUCACUAAACGCACCCGACGAAUGCUGUACCUGUAGUGUAGUCUAGUUACAUUGAUCUUAGAACAAA